AUGUUUUCAAAAGUAGUACCUUGGCAACGGAUUCCAAGUCGAUGUUUAAAAUAUUCCGGUACAGUGCUUCUUCGAAAUGCAUCACAAUCAUCAUCAAGUGGUGGUGGUGAACAACAAUUUGAUCUUGUUGUCAUUGGCUCUGGACCUGGAGGAUAUGUAGCAGCUAUUAAAGCUGCUCAACUUGGUCUUAAAACAGCAUGUGUUGAAAAGAAUGCAACAUAUGGUGGAACAUGUCUUAAUGUUGGUUGUAUACCUUCAAAAGCAAUGUUACAUAAUUCACAUUUGUUUCACAUGGCUCAACAUGGUGAACUUAGAAAACGAGGCAUUGAAUGUAUGUAA